CUUUGAACUACAAGUCGUCUGGACUGAACCUACUAAAACGUAAAAACUACACGUCGACUUGUAGCUUUCUUCUUCCUCGCUAGCUAAAAUUUUCCUGCUCUGUCUUUUGUGCUUUCGAUUCAGGGAACUGCGAUAGCGCAGAAGCAACGGAAGCCAAGGCUGUUGCUAUUGUUGUUAAAGAUGGUGUUCUUGUGUUGGUCUCGCCCAUCUCCUCAAGACCAGAAGGCCUGCAUUGAAAGGGCUGGUUCCUUCAACUAUAGCAGCAAGUUUAGAGGAGCUACUGCUAAUCCUAGCACUUGUCUGCAAGAAGAUAACGGGAUCUCACAAGAAGGUUUUCUUCUCAACCAUGCUCGUAUUUUGGUGGGUUCUGGUGUUGAGACUUAUGAAAAGGGGAAGAAAGCUCUUCAGAACUGGAGGCAUUUUGGAUUGAAUUGGGCAUUUGUUGAUUCCUCAACUCCAGUUCAUCCAGGAGUGAAGUUUUGUGUCUGUGCCAAGGAGUUUCUUCCAUGGGUGGUGUUGCCUCUUCAAAUUGUAUAUGUAAAUGAGAAUAGGGAUACCAAAAAAGCUGGGACAUGCUUCAGUUUUGGUAGUGGUACCCUUCAUGGCCAUCUUCUGGCGGGUGAAGAACGGUUUUCAAUUGAGAUGGACUCGAACAGCCAGGUGUGGGGAUCGACGAGUCUAGUUUCAUGCCUUGACGAUGUGCCUUCAGGCCACUACGGGUUCCUUUGCAUGUUACGAUUUUGUGAAUUGACAGGUUCACAUUCAUGUUUAUUUCCAUCAAGCCACUAGACAUGCAUGUCGAGACCAGAUAAGUUAUUCCCUUGGUUUGUUUUUCACUCUCCUUGUGGAUGCAUAACCUCAUCCUGGUAAUGGGAUCACUUACUCGAGUGAAGAAGGAAUUUGUGACAGUAUUUGUGACAAUCUCAAAGGAACUAAGAACGCUUCCGCAUUUGAAUUUAUGUCUUCUCAUGUUUUCUUUUUUAUAGUUUUAUUUUCACAAACCUUCUUUGGUUAGAGAUUUCUUUUUCAGUUAAUAUUUUCUUUUGCUUUUUAUUUAAAUUUUUAUUUUCAUGUUUAAGGGGUAUUCCGAUUAAACUAUUUGAAAUCUUGAGUUAAAGUCCAACU